UCACAUGUGUUGUUCUGUGUGACGAGCUGAAGAUCAUUUUGUGUGGAAAAUAUUUUGGAAAACUUCACAGCAAAGAACCUAAAACCCCCAGUUAUACAGAGACAAUGCCGUCCACAGAAAAGCUACUGCAUUUCUUGUCAAGUGCAUUUGUAAGUGCAGCCGGUGUGGCUGUUUUGGGUUAUGGGAUGUCUACAAAUUGGGCUGAAUCCACUCUCAGCUGCUCACCCAUUACAAGUGAUUUAUUCAAUGGGACUGCCAAGCUCAAAAUCCGUCUUUUUAAUGGCACUGAGGAAAAAAAUUCCUGCCCGAGGUUUGAUCAAUUUGGAGAAUCUGUUCAAGUGUUUCAGCGUCUCAUAUCAGUAGGUGGAGCUCCAAUUAUCCUGCAUGGUCUGGUUGUGGCCCUGUUGGUAGUGGCUCUUUUGGGGUCUGCAGGCAGUAUUCUUGUCACUCUGUAUAACAGCUUCAGUAAUCCAUAUCAGACCUAUAUGGGACCAAUAGGGCUGUACGCAUGCAGUGGACUCAGUGCAUGUGUGGCGACCCUAGCACUGAUCCUGUAUGUGCUGAACGUGUACCCGGUUCAGAUGUUCCAGGCGCUUGUGUUUGCCAAAGCGGAAAACGUAAGGUUAAGGCAAGAGAAGACUGAACUGCUGGUGGGAUUCUUCCUUCUGAUACCGUACAUCUGCGCCAACAUGAUCGCCAUCCUGGUGGUCUUUCUGUACGUCCACACCGCACAGACACGCCGCAAAGUGCAGGAGAAACCCACAGAGGAUACACCGCAAGAUAUCAUGAUGUUCUAACACUGCAUCACAAACUCACAGCCAUCAAUUCCAAUCCUGCUCAACUUCAAGUUAAGUUCAUUAUUUUGAUACUGCCACAUUAACUGCAAAGUGAUUUGCAGCAAUAAUCUGAACUGAAAUAGAAUUUAACUAUGGCCACAGAGUUGUAGUAGUUUCAGUGGCCCCAAAAAGUAUUUGGACACUUAAACUCACACUGACUGUCAUUGCAUUACAUAACGAAAUAUCAAACCAAGUGGCAGCUGCAAACAAAUAAUGCUAGAACUUUCUUUUUUUUUUACUUUGAAACAACUGGUUAUUUUUAAUGGAUGUAUGAAGUCACUUCCCCUCAAGUUUACAUGAUGGACAUGUUCCAUUAACAUAUGAUGACCAGAAAGUGUCCAAAGAAUUUUUGUCUUCAUUUUGGACAGUAUAUCUACUGUUUUAUAACUUUAACCUUAGAAAGUUGUUUUUUUUUUUUUUUAAUGAAAUGCUUUGCUUUAAGAUAAACACUACUUGGUGAAAUAUUUUGUUAUCUAAUGCAAUGACACUCAUGCAGACCUUGUGUGGAGAAUAUACAAGCUCCAAAUUCUUUUAAAGAUGCUUCAUAAAUAUAAUUUAUCUGUCUUUAAUAAGACCUUAAAAUCAUAUAAAUGAUGCAUAACUGGUUAUUAAGAUAUCAUGUUCCUUCUCUUAAUGCUU